AUGCCGAAGCGUAAGCGUAAGGACGACGAUGACAGUGAAUAUCUACGGGAAAAAGUGCGAAAAUUGGAAAAAUCACUAAGAAAACGGAAAAGAAAUUCCAGUUCCCGCCACCGCCGUCGUACCAGGGUAGUGUCUUCCAGCAGCAGUGAAGGGGGCCCACCGCGGCCCUCGCCUCCGCGUUCAUCACCGCCACGGGCCGCGCCACCGCGGUCCCCGCCGCCGCCGCCGCCGCCGCGCAGGAGCGAGUCGCCCGAGCCCGGGGACGAGUGGGAGUACGACCCCGGAUCACCGGUCGAGUGUCCCAGCAGCGGCCCACAGGAUGAGCUCGAGACGACAAACACAGAGGGCGCUCCAAAAGAUGUCCCAGUGGCAGGCCCAUCCCGCAUACACCGACCAGCCAGUGCCGCGCCGAGUGCCGCGCCCGCCGCCGGGCCGCCGCCGCCGCCGCCGCCGCCGCUGGAGGGAGAGGACGACGUGGUCGUUCUGGACGACGAGAUGCUCGAGCUGCUCGGCCAAGCGCCGUGUAAGGACAAAAAAUAUGGCCCAAAAAUUCGGAGGGACCUCGCACUACGGUGGGAGUUUGUGGCCACAACGGGGCUGACAAAGGAGGAGCGUAAGGAGCUUCUCGACAGACAUCUAGUUCCAGAAAAUUGACAAAAAAUAGAUGCACCGCUUUUGAAUGCAGAAAUCAAGGCAGCCUUGUUAGACAAUCCUAUCAAGAAAGACAAGGCCAUUGAAAAUAAGCAAGGUCGUAUCAGCGCCGCAAUAUCAUGCAUAGGGGAGGCUCUUACAAAAAUAUUUGCUCAGAGUAAUAAAGAUACGUCGGUGGUAAAAUUACUUAUCGAAGCUGGGCCCCUUGUGUGUGAUCUACAGCAUACCGAGUCAAUGAAUAGACGUAGUUUCAUAUGUUCCGGUAUUAAGAAAGAAAUUAAGGAUCACAUAUAUGAAACUGAUAUCGACAGAUAUCUAUUUGGCGAAAAACUCGCACAAACCCUUAUUUCUGCCAAGGCGAUCACCAAGUCGGGAUCUGAAAUAAAAAUAAGUUCCGCAAAGAAUAAUUCUUCUGCUUCGAGGUCAAAGUUUCCACGUCCUUUAAACUCGAAGCCCCCACUCCCGUACAACGCGGGUGCGGCAGUGGGCCGCUGGCAGCAGGGAGCGCCGCGCCAGCCGGCGCACGCGCCCCCUCGGCGCCGCCCCCCGCCCCCCGCGCAGACAUCGCGGGCACCGCCGCCGCCGCCGCUGCCACCGCAGCAGCGCUCACAGUACCGCGCUCCACAGCGGCGCCAGUAGAUACGGUAUGUGGAAGACUUCGCUCGUUUUAUAAUCAGUGGAAAAUUAUAACCAAUGACCCUGUAAUUCUAUCCUGGAUUCGGGGGUAGCAAAUACCGUUUACGGAACCUCCUAUUCAGUCGCACAAACCGGGAAGCCCAUAUUGUUCGCCGUCUGAUAUUAUUGAAUAUAAUAAGGCCAUUAAUGACUUAUUAGCAAAAGGGGCAAUAUCCGAAUGCGUACCGGUAGAAGGCCAAUAUCUUUCUAGUUUUUUUCUGACCGAAAAACAAAAUGGCAGUAAAAGAUUUAUACUAAACCUAAAAUCACUAAAUAAAUAUGUGUCAACACAACACUUUAAGUUAGAAGACCUAAGAACAACACUAAAAUUAAUUACGCGGGAUUCAUUCAUGGCGUCGCUAGAUUUAAAAGACGCAUAUUUUUUAGUACGGGUCUCCAAAUUACACAGAAUCUAUUUGCGCUUUCAGUGGCAACAACGAACAUACGAGUUUAAUGUACUACCCUUCGGGUUAAGUACAGCACCCUUCGUUUUUACAAAACUGCUCAAACCAGUCAUGUCUUUGCUCAGAUCCCUUAACUUUUUAUCUACUAUUUACAUCGACGAUAUCUGCUGCGUUGGCAGCAACUAUGACAACUGUCUUAAUAACCUUUCUCAAACAAAACAGAUAUUAGAGUGUCUAGGUUUUAUCAUAAACGAAGAAAAAAGCUGUAUGAUACCACAGAAGUCCUGUAAAUAUCUUGGCUUUAUAAUUGACUCAGAAAAAUUUCACAUAAGAUUAACUGAUAAGAAACGCAAACUAAUUAAACAGGAGCUAUUACAAUUUAAGAAAAUCAAACGUUGUACAAUCCGAAGCUUCGCACGAUUGGUUGGUCUUCUCACAUCUGCUUGCCCUGCCGUCCAAUAUGGCUGGCUUUACACCAAACUAUUUGAACGGUGUAAAUAUCUUGCAUUGUUAAACUCGGACGACUAUAACUCGUACCUAAGCUUACCACCUGAGUUACAAAAUGAUUUCGAUUGGUGGCUAAAAAUCAUCGACAAUGCCACUAACCCUAUAAGGGAUGAUAUUUAUAAAAUUGAAAUAUUUUCUGACGCCAGCAAAACAGGGUGGGGGGUGGCAUGUGGUGAGGAGACCGCCAAUGGUCGGUGGUCUGAAGAAGAGAGCCAGCAGCA